AUGGGUUCCUUCCUUGGAUGGCUUGUUCUCCUGACUGCUGUUGUAAGAACACAGGCUCAGAAGAAGCCUCUUAUAAAUGUGACAUCUGAAUGUUUGGGUAACAUUAUACGUAUCAGUGUUGGCCCACUUGGAGGGAAUUCUCUUGAAGUUGCUGCAGUUGUCAAUAACUCUACUGUCAUCAUCACGUCAAGCUUGGCUUCCCAAUGUGGCUUCAGUGUGGUGUCUGAUCGGCUUGGGAGUACCGUUAUCUAUGCCUCGGUCUUAAACUGUUUUUCUAUGAAUGUGGAUGACAAGUCAUUUAAGACUAUGUUGAACCUGCGACUGUAUGGAAGCCAAAUUGAUGAGGUCUACCAGGUGGCAAAAACAUGUCGCUACUCUGAUUGGUCCUCCAGGGAAAUUGUCUGCAGUCAUAACUACAUGGAGGUGUCUGUGAAAAGGGCUGUUGUAGAUGACUACAUCCAGGCUGAACCUCGUUUCCUUGGGACAAAACAAAAUUCUGGAGAUCGUCGCAGAGCAGCGGAGAAAACACCCAUAGAUGCAGGUUUCAAAAUCUCUACAGUUGUGUUCUUCCUGCCUGAGGACAGAACUCAGAAAAUGCGCUUAUCUGACGCCCAGAGAAGAGGUUAUGGACUUACCAACACUCCUACAAGGCUCGUUGUACGAAGUCCAAUGGAGGCACGUGAAACCUACACACAGAUGGUAUCAGGCGUGCCAAUGACGGUGCUCAGCACUUCUGUGCUCUUUCAGAAAAGAUGGCUGGCAACUCAAAUCGACACAACAGCUGCUUGUCCACUAGUAGAAGGUAGUGUCUUCUUCACGCCAAGUAUGAUCUGCUGGUACCUGCCGAAAUGCAUCGACCCUCUAGUUUCCUCUGAUUUUCAUCUGUCUGAGGUACACAUGGGCAUCAAAGGCGAGCGACUUGAUGCUGCUGAGAUGGCUAGUCGACAAUACUCUCUGUCCAUCUACGAUGUACACAUCACUGUCGAAAUUCCCAUUGGGGCUGCUGGUGGCUACUUGAAGAGUUACUUUGAGGCUGGCCAGUACUUCACAUCUUAUACAAUCGAGCCAAUGCUCGAGCUGCUCUGGACUGAAGAUGAAGAGGACACGCGAUAUAAAGUCUUCCUUCCUGUCACAACACCACUGCUGCGUCAUCACCUGAAGGUCCUAGACGACACCGUUCCAGAGGAACAGGUCUUUAAGAUGGUGCUGGGGAGUCUCGCCCCUGAUGUAGUGCUUGUGAACAUCACCUUCCCCAAUGAGAUUUUGUCUGUGGCUGACUGCAACAUUAGAGGCUUCAAUGUCCAGGAACACAUGUCCUACAACGGCUCAAAGGUCUUCACCCUGCAGGUGCCCUUCACGGACCGCGUAGUUCGUACUAUGAAAGAUGCAGCCUUCACAAUCUACUACCUUGACCUGACCUUUGGCCUUCUGGUUCUGCCUGAGCAAGUCCUGUUUUCUCACACUUCUUACAUUGAAGCAAAACUGGCAUCUCAAGUUGCUCCAUCCAUCUCUGGUAGCUGUGACCAUGAGAACUUCUACAUCACUGUGAAAUAUGGGACACAUGGCUUGAACUUCCAAACUGUACUGGGGAAAAGACCCUUGACCCAAAGCUUGGCUGAGGACUACAACUUCAUGGAGAAUGGGACACACUUCAGUCUUUCUGUACCAAUGUCAGCUCCUGUUGUCUCUAAUGAGGCAAUUGAGUUGUCCUCUAUCAGGAGCAGGCUUGAUGUGGUUCUGAAGAGUCCACACACCAACAAAGCUCUCAAAGCCUUCUCGUUGGCCUGCUCCUUUGUUGCAACACUAACUGAGUGCUAUCCCAAUGGGACCAUAACUGCUCUAGCAGUGAAGCUGGAGUCUGUUCCAUCUCUGAACCCUGCAGAGCUGACCCUCCGUGACCCAAACUGUGGCCCUUCUUACAGCGACGACCGCUUCGCUUACUUUGUGUUCACUGCUAGCACCUGUGGGACAACAAGAAGGUUUUUAGCAAACUCUAUGCUGUAUGAAAAUGAAAUCUCUCUGCCUGAUGAACUUGAGGUGCAAAGGGACCCUAACUCAAAGGAGCCAUUCUAUGAGCUAAAGAUUUCUUGUUACUAUGACAUAAAUAUGACCCGCGUGGUGACUCUUCGUAUGAAACCAGUCAGGAGCAAGCCUCAUGCCGAAGCAGCACAAGGCGAACUGGAAGUCGCAAUGAGACUUGCUUUGGACAACUCCUACAGAACACUUCACCAGGUUGAGGAGUAUCCUAUACUGAAGUAUCUUCAGCAGCCACUCUACUUUGAGGUAGAAUUAAUGAAGUCAACAAAUCCUAAAGUCUCAUUGGAACUGGAGAACUGCUGGGCAACAGUGACUAAAGACCGGCUGUCCCAACCCAGAUGGAACCUCAUUAUUAAUGGCUGUGCAAAUCCAGUAGAACCAUAUGAAGUAGUGUUCCAUCCUGUCUGGGUAAAUGACAGAGUGACACAUCCUGCUCACUUCAAGCGCUUCGAAAUCAAAAUGUCUGCCUUCACCACCAACCAAGAUGACUUGAGUCGGGAGCUCUUUGUCCACUGCGAUGUGGUGAUCUGUGACCCAAGGAAUCCACUAGGAGGUGUCUGCACCAGGGAGUGUCCAAAUGAAGUAAAAGGACAAAGGCGGGAAGCUUCAGGAGACAAUGACUUGAAGCAUGUGUCAGUUGGACCCAUCAUUAUAAAUGACCACAAGACGAAUAAAAUCUAAGACCUUUGC